GGAUGUUAGUAUUUGAGCAAGAUGGUGCCUAACGUGAGGAGCAACAGUAGAGUCGCUUAGUUGUGUUGAGAUUGUGUGUUUGUGAGUCUCUUUAUGUCUCUCUAUAUCCGGGUACUCCUGUCUGAACGGACUGUGCUUCUCAUCUCUUCCUGAAUAUUUACCUGUCACUCAUCUCCCGGUUGCUACGGAGAUGUCGACGUUAGCUUAGCCUGCUAGCGGCUAACAACAGCUAGCAUCCGCGUGGCCGUUCGCCGGGGAGAGCCCACGCGGCUCCACCCAGCCCGGGUGUAGGAAACGUGCCUGUGACUGGGUGGGCGAUGUCUAAAGGCCGCGCGCUGAGGGCGCUGGUGGAGCAGCGACUAGCUGCGGCUGCGCAGGAGAUAUUUGGGCUGUUUGAGACCACGAUAGCGGAGUACGAGGAGGAACUGGGUCGGUCCCGGGAGGAGGAGCUGGGUCGGUCCCGGGAGGAGGAGCUGGGUCGGUCCCGGAAGGAGGAGCUGGGGCACCGGGAGGAGGACGAGGGACACCGGGAGCGGAGGGACACCGCGCUCGGCCCUCAUCUCCGGUUACACCGAGCAGUGCUACCUGUAGACGUCCAGCAGGUGUUGGUGAUUAAACAAGAGGUUCCCCCUGAGCAGCAGGAGUGGAGCUCCAUUGUGGACCAGCAGGAGUAAGAGCCCCCCCCUCACAUUAAAGAGGAGCAGGAGGGAGAGCAGCUUCAAGGGCUGGAGGAGGCUGAUAUCAAGUUCCUGUUCACAUCUGUCUCUGUGAAGAGGGAAGAAGAUGGAGAGGAAGCUCAGUCCUCACGGCUUCAUCAAAGACAAACUGAACACAUGGAAACAGAAGCUGAGGGAGAGGAUUGUAGAGGAGCAGAACCAGACAGGAACUUACAUCCAGAACAUAUUUUACAACCGGCUGCUCAUCACCAGGCUUUGCCCUCUGAACCUGAGGCUGAUAACAGCAGAGAUUGGGACGAGACCAAGGAACAUCAGCCAGGUUUAAACCCUCUGCAAAAUGGGGACGUUGCUGUCAGUGAUUCCAGAUGCAGUCCUGCUAAGAAAACGUUUAGCUGCUCUGAGUGUGGUAAAAGAUUCAGGAAAAGGAGACAUUUGGAGGAUCACAUUAGAAUCCACACAGGAGAGAAACCAUUCAGUUGCUCAGUGUGUAAGAGCUCUUUUAAACAGAGUGGAGGUUUACAUGCACACAUGAGAAUCCACACAGGAGAAAAAACAAUCAGUUGCUCAGUCUGUAAGAAGUUCUUUACACGGAGAGACAGUUUGAAGACUCACAUGAGAAUCCACACAGGAGAAAAACCUUACAAUUGUUCCCUUUGUGAUAAAGGAUUUAUAAGCAGGUCAAGUCUAAAGAAACACAUGAUGACUCACGCAGCAGAAACACCAUUCAGUUGCUCAGUCUGUAAGAAAUGUUUUGCAUGGAGUGGACUUUUAGAGCGCCACAUGAGGAUCCACACAGAAGACCCCCCUUUCAACUGCUCAGACUGUGGGAAAGGAUUUUUUUUUAUGUCAAAUUUAAAGAAUCACAUGAGAACUCAUACAGGAGAAAAACCUUUUAGUUGUUCAAUCUGUAAGAAAUGUUUUACACAGAAUGGAAGUUUGACGACACACAUGAGAACCCACACAGGAGAAAAACCAUACAAUUGUUCACUUUGUGUUAAAAGAUUUAUGAAGAAGUCAAAUCUGACAGAACACAUGCGGAGUCAUACAGGAGAGAAACAUUUCAGAUGUUCAGUCUGUGAAAAGUUUUAUUCAAAUGAAAGAUAUUUACACAAGCACAUGAGAAUUCACACAGGAGAGAAACCUUUUAUCUGCUCAGAGUGCAAUAGAGGAUUCUCCUACAGGGAAGCCCUAGUCCGUCACAUGAGAAUCCACACAGAGGAAACCCCUGCAGCUGGAGGAGAGGACUGUGGAGGACCAGAACCAGCCAGGAACUCAGAUCCAGAUGGACUUAAACAACCAGAUACUGAGGAAGAGACUGGAGAUUCCACGUCCAUGGAAAACCCAUAGAGUGUUCAUGAAAGACAUUGGAAGCUUUGGAAUUAUCAUUUGAAGCUAUUGUGCGCAGUUUGUCGCCGACAUGAGAAAUUCUAAAUAAUGACAACAACACUGUCGGUGCGUCCACAUGAUACAAGCCCUUCCUGAUCAAGCUUGAUUUGUGGUUCCGCUAGCUUUCGCCGUAGCCUACGUAAGUGGCCUGAAGUUUAUAGAAAGUGAGAGGGACGGUGACUGUCUUUUGAGCUAGUAGCGACUCUAGAGUCAUAGUGAGAGAAACAAAGUGUCUCCCUUGUUCUUUCUGACAAAAAGGGCUUGAAUGUAACAGACGUUCAUUAAUAUAAAGUUACGCACUAAAGCUUUAAUUUGUUGUUUUUAUUGAAAUUAAUCAUUUUAAUGCUUUGUGGAUAAAAUAUGGAAGGUCCAAUAUGUGUCAGCGCAUAAUUUUUACUAUCAUGUAAAAUUUUCUCUUGUGUUCUGCCUCUGUUAAUAUAAAAAGCAUAAAAUGUUUAAA